CGCAUGCGUAGUUCUCAUUGCCAGCUGGACGAUCAACGAUGAACGGCACCGAUUGAACACGCAGAUGUUUCGAUAAAGAAAAGUCAUGCUCAUUCAACCCAGAUUGUAAUUCCUGGCUGUCAGACCGUUGACAAGAGAAAUACUCGAGAAUGUUCAACAAGUUUGCUGCGGCCCUGCACCAUGCAGUUGAAGUGCUUGCGCCAACGCAAACUCUUCUGGAAGAUUUCACUUUCCACUGGAAGUCCGUCACGCAUUACUUCAUCAACACAAAAGAUGACAAGAAGCCAGUUCAGGAGAGCAACAUCCCAUCUCAUCUGGACAACAUGCUGGCCCUGCUGACGCAGGAGGAGCGACAGGUGGAAGAUGAUCAGACGGGACCAUGCAUGGAGUACCUGCUGCAACACAAGAUACUGGAGACGCUGCACACGCUAGGCAAAGCAGAUUGUCCGCCGGGCAUGAAGCAAGUGGUCUUGAUGUUUUUCUUGAAUCUCCUGGGCAAGAUCAAGCAGCCUCUCUUGCCCCACGUCAACGUCUACAAACCUGUACAUAAUUUAAUCAAAGUGUGUGGUGAGGUGCGCGCCGGGCCCACAGAGAAGGAAGAGAUCCAGUUCCUGUGCACAGUGUGCUCCAAGCUCAAGCAGCAUCCUUACUCUGUCAACUUCUUCCUAGAGCUUCCAAGACAAAAGAGCAAAAAGCCGCGACACAACUCUUCCACAUCCGCAGCAGGUAGCAGCAGCAGGACCAGCCUAGACGACAUCACACAACCUGAGUUUAGUCUGGUCAACUCCCUCAUUGCGCUGGCACAGAGUCCUGACAGUAGGAUAGCGGUCAAGGCAUGUGAGGGGCUGAUGCUGUGUGCCAGCCUACCAGAGAAGCAGGCCGCCCAGUGCAUCGUGGACCACACCCAGUUCUGUGCCCUGCUGGCCGAGAGGCUAUGCACCUUGUACAAUGCACUCCCGUUGUCCAUGGACCCAGUAGAUGUGGACAGUGUAGAAGCCAAGUGGGGUUUGUACAUGUUGAGCGACGGGGAGGAUACCAACAUGUUCCCCGGUAAACGGCAGCUCAUCUCUCUGCUGUCCUGGUAUGAUUACUGCGAUCAGGUGAUCAAGGAAGCUCAUCCCAUCGUGGGUCGGUCGCUAGCCAAUCAGAUAAGGGAACGAUUCCUGGUUCCCAUCAUGGAGCAGCUGUUGCUACAGUCAUCGGAGGUUGGCAUUCUGACCAGCACAGCUCACCUGGUCAAGUUUGUUAAGAUGACGUCCUCCCCGGCCUUGCUGGAUGUCCUAAUCAAAUUCAUCCUAGGAGAGGAGACGGCGCCGGAAAAGCCCGGGGAGGGAGGCUACAAGCUGAGACAGCGAUUGAUAGACAGAUGUGACAACAUCUCUGAUGAAAUUUGUAUAAUGGCUCUGAAGUUAUUUGAAACCCUCUUCCUCAAAUCCAACGGUCACAUCAUCACCAACCUCGUCCUACGCAAUCUCCAGUCGCGAGUCUACCACGGCCGGCCCGCCCCUACGGAACACAACAACCAGGGGUCCGGCGACUCAAGUGACCAGAGGUCAAGUAACCCCAGGGACCCAUGCGACCAGGGUUGUGGCGACACUGCCGACCAGGGGUCUGGCAACCCCAGUGACCAGGGGUCCGUCAAUGGCACCGUGAGUGACAGUGGGGUAGAGACACUGAGCAAUGGGCCAGAGAGCCCUACUCUGGUUCCAGACUCUCCCGUGCGGGAUGGUGUACCAGACUUUGUGUCAGACCCGGAGUCCGAGGUAGCCCAAGCCUCGCCUUCCAUUUCUGUGUCAAGCUCCGAGGCGGACGACAAGCCUAACAUUCAUAAGAUUGUCAACAGUUUUCUGGGCUUGAUGCCAGAAGAGGCUAGAUCAUCCUACCUGACAGGCGAUAUAGGUUACGAUACCUACCUCAGAGAGGCUCAUCGACUGUUUCGUGAGUGUUCUGUCAACUGUCUUCCCUAUGAUUGGCCAAAUUACGCCACGCCUUUGGAACUCUGCCCCAACGAGGCAUUCUACGAAGGGGCCUUCCUCAAAAUUCUCCUCGACAAGCUAUCCCGCAUGCUCGAUCAGACCUACGAGGUCAACUUGCAAGUGACCUCUCUCCUGUCCAAGAUUUGCCUGUUCCCGCAUCCUCACAUCCAAGAGUUCUUCCUGGACCCAUACUUGCCGGUGGCAGCUGGCUGCAGAACGCUGCACUCUGUACUCCUCAGGGUGGUGAGCGACCUGAGUGCCCGGAUCAAGGCCAUCCCUGACUUCCAGAAGCAGGUGCUUGUGGUUCGGAAACAGCUGAUGGGCAUGGUGGAAGAAGAUGACAGAGGCAAGAAGUCCAUAGCCCCCAUUAUGAACUUGCCAUACAUCGAUCUUCUGGAGGGCGUAAUCGUGCUGGAAGAAUUCUGCAAGGAACUCGCUGCGAUAGCCUUCGUCAAAUUCCACGCGGCGAGCGGCCGGACAUAACUGUGUGUAAAACCAAGAACAGCAAUCUGAAAUGUUAAUACUAAUGAUGAACAGGGGGAAUGACGCUCAGUGCACUGAAACAAUUUCUCAUUUCACAUAAACAGGGUAGUCCGGAGAUCUUAAAGAGGACAUUUCGUGCUACACAGAAUUGUUUUCAGAACUUUUCAGUGGGUUUGAUUAGAACCAGACAAAUCUGAGGAAAUUAAGAUGGAUGUUUACAUCACAGUUGAAAAAUUGAAGUUAAAUUUAGAACCCUUUUUAAGCUGGUUCAUACAAAGCAUAAAGCAAACAAAAACACAAAUUUGAGUGGCAUUUGCACUGAACAUUUGCAAAAGUUGAACACUUUAAAACUCUUGAAAGUUUUGCUGCAAUUUUUUUGCACAGAUGUCAAAUGUACUUCACAUUCUCAUUUGCGUGGAGUGUGAACUGAGAUUCACAAUAAAACCUUGGCUACUCAUACUUUUGUGAUUUUUAUUCAAAUUCGUUGACAACUUUUACAGGAAAGAAACCAUUUUUUGAUAUGCUGAAGUAUUUUUGGAGGGGGCAUUUUUCUUUUUGGUUAAUGUAACAAAAUUUAUGGAAAGAGGGAAAUCAAAUUCAAUUUACUUUUUCAUUUUAUUGUUUCAUAGAUGUACAGAUGGAGUAUUUAUAAUAUUUACCACAUUUAAUAUCCAUUUUUUUCCCGUUAAUCCAAUUUUAUUGCUCACUUGUAAUCCUAUUUUCUUUUUUGCAUUAGAAAUUAAAAUUAACCAGGAUUUUUUAAUGCAGCAUGUAAAAGUGUGAAAAUCAACCAUUAUUGAUAAUUCAGAAAGAAAUGGGUAAUUCAAAGCCAAUUGUUGCUUGCGUGGGUUAUAUUUUUGUAAAUUUGCUAUUUAAUAACCAAAAAAAUCUUAUCAUUAGUUGGUUUUAGGCUUUUAAUUUGUGCAAUUAUCAAUUAUUUGUGUUUGCAUUUUUUUACUUCUGCAUUCCCCUUCCACUUUUUGUUUUUAAAUUUAUUUUAUUUUCUUUCCCUCCACUUUUGAAGAAGGGUUUAUUUGAUUGACUUUUUAGGCCUAUGUAUGAUUACUAUACUUUUGGUCACAGUGAAGUGAAAAAUCAAAAUAAAUACUGUGUGAUACAAUUCUCAUCGACAUGGCACAGUCACAGCUACUACUUACUGAUGCAGUAAUAAUGCAGACACAUUGUAUAUUGAACUAUUUUUGUACAAAAUAAAUGUUAUUAAACCCAAUCUUGCUAAACAUA